AUGACACCACUUAUUCUGGCUUCAGCUCUACUAGACGGCCGUGAACUUGUCGAGAUGAUACUCAAGCACGAAACGGACAACAUCAAUGCUGUAGACGACAACGGCGAGACAGCGCUACAAUGCGCCGUUCGCUCGGGUUGCUCCGGGUCCGUGCAAAAGCUUCUCGACCACGGCGCGGAUGCCAAUCAAUUUACAGAAGAGGGAACAUCAAUUCUUUCACUUGCCGUUCGUCACAAUGAGCUUGGGUCUUUGUACUUUCUCUUGAAUGCAGGCGCAGAUGUCGACGCUUUGGAUCAAGACCCCACGGGAUUAUCUCCCCUGAUGCACGCCAUCAUGAGAGGAAACUCUCUCGCUCAUUGGACUCUGUUAGACCAUGGAGCCAGCCGUGAAGUGCGUGACAAGACAGGAAGAGGUGUCAAGGAGCUGAGUCUUGAAUGCAACUUUACGGGAUAG